GAGUGGACAAAGUGGGCUGGGUGGUGGUGGUGGUGCUGCUGGAAGGUGUUGGUGGCCGUGAUGGAAUAUAGCUCAGAGUUAACUUUUUAUGGUGAACAGCAGGAGUGAAGUGACACCACAGAGAAACACAUAUACAAACACUUUGAGUCACUUCUGGAGAUCAGAGGGAGGUUUACCAAACAGCUGGACUUGACUACAGAGAAGAGAAGGCAAACAGCUGGUGACCUGAGGGACGGGAAGAUGUUGGCACUGAGGACGUUUAUUCUGCUGGGGCUGAGCUGGACAUGUCAAGCUGCGUCUGGUGAUCCAUGGGGCCAGUGUCCAGUCAACAGAAAGUGUAAGGACAAGUUUGGAGACAAGUCAUGCGACAGAGAGUGUAUGGAGCCCGAGUGUCUCAGAGACGGCUUUGACUGCAUCAAGGACAGGAGCCACUGCAAUCCGAGCCACAUCCUGUACUGCCGUGACCAUUAUGCAAACUCCCACUGUGAACAGGGAUGCCACAGUGCACCCUGUGGAUGGGACGGCAGUGACUGCUUCAAACACCAGAGCCCCCAGUGGGCCAAAGGCACCUUCAUCCUUCACGCCAACAUCCCACAUCAACGAGGCACCGUCUCCAACAGCUCCCUGCUCUGGGCGCUCAGCGUCCUCCUCCAGUCACCUCUCAAACUGAGAGGCUCCGCCCCUCUCGCCCCAAACAGGAACUUAUUUGACUUUGACGCUCAGCAGCUUGCCACCCUGCUAUCUCAUUCAUCAACGACUGACUCAAAUGGCUCCCUCUUCUUCCUCCAGGUGGACAACAGGCCAUGUUCCCGUGUGCCCGCUACCUGUUUCCCCUAUGCCACCGAGGCAGCCAGUUUCCUGCGCGCCAUCAUUUUGCUGAAGCCUCCCUCGUUCCACACCCGGCCGGAGCUGAAGGCCGUCAUCAGUAUAAGAGGUGUCCGAGAGGAAAUAGGAAGCAGGGAGGAGGAUACCGAGAUAAAGGAAGUUAAAGAGCCGACUCCUGCGUGGCUCUGGGCGGUGAUAGCCAUCGCGAUCGGCCUGCUGUUGGUUCUGGCCCUGGCAGCCCUCUUGAUAGUGAGGAGGGUGAGGCGACAGCGGGCGGAGAGGGAAGGCGGCGGCCACAGGGUGAGACACCGGUCCACAAUCACAGACAACAACGACUCCAAAUCUAAGGCCUUGGCGCCGCACACGGCCCUCCAAGAGCAGAGGGUCAGGUCGAACAGGGAGAAAGAGAAGAUCAGCUUGAGGAAAAAGAAGAAAGCGAAGGAAGCAGAGAAGAAAAGAAGGAGGGAGCCGCUGGGGGAGGACGCCAUUCGAAUGCGACCCCUAAAAAGAGACCAGGAUAUAGGAAGUGAUACAGACUUCACCCAGAGUUCAAUGGAAGACAUCAGUGCGAGAUGCUCACGACGACAGGAGGAAGCCUCCAUCUGUGACCACAGGAGCCCUGAGCAGAAACACUACAGAGGAGGAAACUCACAACUCACUCAGUCUCGCAGACCUGUACAACCAGCUCCACCUAGAGGAUGGGAGAGAAACGCCAUACCUCCUCCUCUGCUCAGUCCUCCACAGCAGUCUGCAGAGUGGUGUGGCCCUGAUGGCUCUGUGGUUCUGAUCCGGGCGGUGCGUAGCGGUCUGGACAGGGUGGUGCUGGAGCUGCUGCGAGCAGGAGUGCCCGUCAACAACACGGAUCACACUGGGAGAUCAGCCCUGCACUGGGCAUGCUCAGUUAACCACCUCUCCCUAACAAGGACCCUGAUUCGCUACGGGGCUGCUGUGGACCUGCAAGACAACAAGGGCGAGACAGCACUCUUCCUCUCCGCCCUGCAUGGUUGCUAUGACACAGCCAGACUCCUCCUCCUCCACGGAGCAAACCUGGAGCUGCGUGAUCGAAGAGGACGUCGGCCAAUGGAUGUGGCCAGAGAAGGCAUGCAUCACCAGGUCUUGGAACUCUUACUGGCUCACCAAAUUCAAAGAGGACCAGUUACCGUCGAAGCAGCCAAUGAGAUGCUGUGGGAGGAGCGUGCUCUGAUGUACUCACCCUGGGUCGGGUCACAGGGCAUACCUGGAAGAAGUGCCUCCUUCUCAGGGAUCAUAGGCCAUCGAGAUAUGACCCCACCUCCACAAAAUGAUUGGUCGAUGAGCCGGGUUCAGUACCCCGCCCCUCAGAACUGGCGGCCACAGCUCAACCAAUCAGCCACAGCGCUGGUCCCUCCGAGAGUCAUGGGCCGCUCACCUCGGCCAAUCAGCACCUUACAGGAGGUGACCUCAGAGGACGAGGAUCGUGACAGGCAUCAGGAAGCUCCCAGAGCCGCAACACCUCACUUCCUGUCACCUCAGCCCGCCCCUCGGCAGCGUUCCUUUUCCUGCACCCAGCAUGCAUUGCAGCGUCGGUCCAGUGCCCCUCAGCCUGAGCCCAACUAUCUCAUCGUAACAGACAACUCAGCCCAUGAGCCCAUAGAGAGAGUGGUUGUUUCUCCUCCCACAGAUGCUGCCGGUCACUCGGAUCGCCUGCCGAUGGUAAACAGUGAUAAUCUGAGUAGAACAGAGCAAGCAGCGCUGAGUUCAUCGAAUUCAGAGCAGAAAUCCAGAGGUGAGAGGUCAAACAACAACACCGACUCCACACAAACUGCCCUGUAGAGAAUAGUGCAAAAAAGCAGGAGGAUAAUCACAGACAGUGAAAGGCACUGAGUUCAGGUUUGACAUGAGGUAUACUUUGUUAUGAAGCCCAAAGCAAAGCAGAAGACCCAAAGCUCAAGGGAGCCCAGCCCUUAUUUGCAUGAGUUUUUGGACCAUAUUCCUCCAAUGUUUUCUUACAGAUUUACUUUUUGUAUUACAUUUUGUAAAAUAAAUUCGACCAAAUAAAUGCACGUCAGCACUUGGAGAUGUUCCUUCCCAAACUUUCCUACUUUUAACUCAGCUUAAGCUUUAAUUAUUAUCGCUGUAACUGUCUUUUCUCCAGAGAGGGGAAUACUCUGUCUGAGAUGUGUGCCGGUCAAACAGAAUGAUUACAACAGUCUCCCUGAAACCGCAACAUUUAAUGACUAUUGUUGCGAAAUACUGUAAUAUAAAUACACUUUUACAAAAUGUAAAGAUUGUUUGUUUAAUGAAAGCGGAAACAAUCCAGAACCAAGAGUCUUUUUCAAGGGAAAAGAAAUGUGCAUGAGGUUGCACAGAGAUGUCAGAGUCCUGCUGAGGCAUGCAAUAAAGGGACUUUUCAUGCAACUU